AUGGCCCCCAGGGGUCCGGGCACUGACCAGCUACUGUCACAGUCACCUGGUCAACCCAGGUCCUCGCUGGUAAUAAAACGAUCGGUGAGGGAGGCAAAACAUCUGGAGCUGCUGGUUGUUGUGAUGCAUGAUGUGUACGACUUUCACAAACAAGACACAGAGCGUUACACCCUCACCAACCUGAACAUUGCUGCUGAGCUACUGCGAGAUGCUUCCCUGGGCUCCCAAUUACGGGUCCACCUAACAAAGAUGGUCAUCCUGACGCAGCCAGAGCAGGGAUUGGAGAUCACCAGAAACCUCACCUCAUCACUCAUCGACUUGUGCAGAUGGAGCCGAACGAUUAACCCAGAGAACGAUUCUGACCCACUCCAUUCUGACCUGGUCCUCUUUGUUACCAGAUUUGACCUGGAAUCUGGCAAAGGGAACAAGAUGGUUCGUGGCGUGACACAGCUGGGCGGAUUGUGCAGCCGAUCCUGGAGCUGUGUGAUAACUGAGGACACAGGGUUCAAUCUCGGCAUCACCAUGGCUCAUGAGAUCGGCCACAGUUUUGGCAUCAGCCAUGAUGGGACUGGAAAUGACUGCACUGACAACACACACAUCAUGGCAGCAGAGGGUGGCUACAACAGCGUUGAUCUGACCUGGUCCAAGUGCAGCCGUGAACAAUUUGUGACGUUCCUCAGGUAA